UACUCAAAGUAUUGCUAUGGCAAUAAUUUACGAACGAAAACAGGUGUAAACAAACUGCAGAGCGAAAAACAGCGUGAAUUAAAAAAUGUUUGUUUAUCUAAGCAAAAAGAUCGCAAUUCCCAACAAUGUGAAGCUAAAUUGCAUUGCAUGGAACAAGGAGGAAGGCUACAUUGCGGUUGCCGGCACAGAGGGAUUGCUGAAGGUGCUCAAAUUGGAUCAAGCUGCCAAUAAUGGGCCGAGCAAAGGCGGCCUUGCCGCCGUUUCCAAUCUCUCGAUGAAUCAGACAUUGGAUGGGCACAAGGAAUCGGUUAAGGUGGUGACUUGGAAUGAUGCACAGCAUAAGCUAACCUCGUCGGAUGUAGACGGCGUUAUAAUGGUGUGGAUGCUGUACAAGGGCGCCUGGUAUGAGGAGAUGACCAACGAUCGUAAGAAAUCAACGGUGGCUGGCAUGAGCUGGACCUCGGAUGGCACCAAAAUCUGCAUUGUGUAUGAGGAUGGCGCCAUCAUUGUGGGCUCCGUCGAUGGCAAUCGUAUCUUUGGCAAGGAGCUUAAAAAUACCCAUCUAACUGGCGUGCAAUGGAGUCCAGAUAAUCGACUCAUACUGUUUGCCCUGGCCAACGGCGAAUGCCAUCUGUACGAUAAUCAAGGAAACUUUGCGAUGAAACUCAACAUUAAGUGCAUUACGCUCAGCAGCUCAGCGGGUCGUAUUCAGCGCAUUGCGAGCAUCAGCUGGUUUAGCGGAACCUUGAACAAUCGCAGCCGACCUGUUUUAGCGAUUUGCUAUGAGAACGGAAAGGUGCAAAUUAUGCGCAAUGAAAACGAUGAUAAUCCGGCAAUUUUUGACACAGGCAUGCGUAACGUGGACGCCAAGUGGAAUCACGAUGGCAGCGUGCUGGCCAUUUGUGGCACAUCUCUGGAGGCAGCCAGCCCAAUGCGGGAUACCAAUCAGGUCUGCUUCUACUCACCGCUGGGACGGCUACAUCGCACCCUAAAAGUGCCUGGCAGUGACAUUACGUCCGUUAGCUGGGAGGGCAAAUCGUUGCGCAUUGCAAUGGCUGUCGACUCGUUUAUAUAUUUUGCCAAUAUACGGCCCGAGUACAUUUGGUGUUACUUCGAAAAGACGGUUGUGUUUCUCAACAGCAGCAACGGCAAUGGCGGCAGUGGCAGUGGCGGCAGCAGCAGCUCGACUAACGUCAUUACCUUCUGGAACACGGUGUCCAAUCAGAGUUUCCUCAAGGAGGUGGAGCCUACACUCUGCUUGGCUGCCAGCAACGAGCACUGUGUGAUCGGCGUAGAAUGUGUUAGCAGCAAUAUUAAAGAGAUUGCGCUCAGCACGCUGGAAACACACAACAAUAGCAACAAUUCUGAUGGCCGGGUAUAUCAGCUUUUGCUGUGCAACUCCAUUGGGACGACAGUGGACUCCAAGUAUACGGAUAUCAAGCCUCGAUUUGUGGGCAUUAAUGCUGCUUAUGUGGUGAUUGCUUCGUACGAGGAAAUACUCAUUUGGCAUUAUUAUACGCCAAAGAGCACAUCCAAUUUACAUGGUGUUAAAGCGCGUAAGGAAAAGAGAUUUCACAUCCACGAUACGCCAACUGGCGUGGAUUUGUCUAAGGAUCUGCUAGUGCAGGGCGAGCAACGUCGUGUAAUCGAUCCGAUCUGUGCGAUUGCUUUAUCCGAAAAACUCUUGCUUGUCGCCUGUGAGUCGGGCGUGAUAAAUGAGUACAGCGUGGCGAAUGUUUCCCUAAGGAAUCGCCACACUACCCACUCCAAGAUCCACAAAAUUGCCAUCAAUUGCAAUUCCACUCGUGCGGCAAUUAUAGAUAAUUUGGGCGUGAUGACGCUCUUGGAUCUGGAUGACAAUCGAGAGACGCAGCUGAACUUUAGUCGCGUGGAACGCAAGGAUGUUUGGGCUGUUAGCUGGGCUAAGGAUAAUCCCUUGCUGCUGGCCCUCAUGGAGAAGACGCGCAUGUACAUCUUUCGUGGUAACGAUCCCGAAGAGCCCAUCUCUUGCUCUGGCUACAUAUGCACUUUUGAGGACUUGGAGAUUACUAGCGUGCUGCUGGACGACAUCAUCAGCUGCGGUGAGCUGCAGAACUCCUCUCAUCUCAUACAGUUGAGGGUGAAGUCGUUGCGCGACACAGACGAUCUGUUGGAGCAUGUUGGACUUGAGGAUGCCAAGCAGUUCAUUGAGGAUAAUCCACAUCCACGUCUGUGGCGUCUGUUGGCAGAAUCGGCCUUAAAGCAACUGGAACUGGAGACAGCUGAGAAUGCAUUUGUACGCUGUGCCAACUAUCCGGGUAUUAAGCUGAUCAAGCGGCUGCGCAAUAUCACCUCGCAAAUACUACAAAAGGCUGAGAUCGCUGCCUUCUAUGGAGAGUUUGAUGAGGCCGAGAAGCUGUACAUGGAUGCGGAUCGAAGGGAUCUGGCUAUUGACUUGCGCAUGACUCUUUGUGACUGGUUUAAAGUGGUGCACCUCUAUCGCAUGGGCGGCGCCGGUGUUUCGGAUCAGCAAAUGGAAACGGCCUGGCGUGAGAUUGGACAUCACUUUGCCAAUCUGAAGUCCUGGGAGAGUGCCAAGGAGUACUAUGAAAAGUCCCAUUACCUAGAGGGCUCCAUUGAGUCUCUUUACCACUUGGAACAGUUUGAUGAGCUGGUAACGUUCGUCGACAAACUCUCAGAGAAGAGUCCGCUGCUUACGAAGUUAGCUGAGAUGCUAGUCUCUGUUGGAAUGUGCUCGGAGGCUGUGCAGGCAUAUUUGAAAUUCGGCGAUCCUAAGGCCGCUGUCAAUGCGUGCGUGAAUCUGCGUCAAUGGGGCCAAGCUGUGGAGCUGGCUCAAAGGUAUCAAAUGCCGGAGGUGAAUGUGCUGCUCAGCAAACAUGCAGCACAGCUCUUGAACGAAGGACGGCUGCCGGAGGCCAUUGAGCUACAGCGCAAGGCUGGGAAGCAUUUGGAUGCAGCGCGUCUGCUCUGUAAGCUGGCCGAGCAGGAAGUGGAGAAGCGUGCCCCGUUGUUGCGCAUCAAAAAGAUUUACAUACUGGCCGCUCUGCUUGCCGAAGAUCAUCUCAAGUCGCUGGCCACGCCCCAAUUGGACUAUGCCAUCGAUCGGAAUCGCCUGCUAGACGAGAUUAGUUUGGAGGAUGCUGCUUACAUUGAGCGCAUCUGGCACUGCGCUGAGGGCUAUCAUUAUAUGCUGCUCGCCCAGAGGCAACUACGUUUUGGCAUCAUGCACAGUGCUGUGAUCACAUCCCUGCGACUGCGUGACUACGACGAUGUCCUGCCCGUGGAGGAUAUAUACAGCCUGCUAGCUUUGGCCAGUUGUGCAGACAGAUCUUUUGACACUUGCUCGCGGGCAUUCAUGAAGCUGGAGUCCCUGGAAUCGCUGCCCGAGAAGAUGCAGCAAGAGUACGAGGAGCUGGCCGUAAGCAUAUUCUCGAAAAAUGAGCCCGAGGAUCACAAAGUGGACACCGUCGCAUGCUAUAGCUGUGCGGCCCAUGUGCCGGACAAUUUGCCAUCCUGCAUGGAGUGUGGUGCUCGUUUUCCGGGCUGUGUUUCGUCUGGCAAGCCCAUCACGCAGCCAACGAGCAAUAUUUGGAUAUGUUCAACCUGCCAUCAUUGCGCAUCGCCCAUGGAGAUAACAAGGCAUCGAACAUGUCCGUUAUGUCAUAGCCCAAUUGCCUUAAUAAAGUGAAUAAUGAUAA